AUGGAGCUCAGCCAGAAGCAGGCCGGGCUGGCGUCCGGGUCCCCACUUCCCGCUCCCUCUAGGACCCCGACUCCGGCCUGGGCUGCGGCAGACGGUAGCGUUUCAGCAUCUAUUGGUGGUCUCCAGGAAUAUUAUAAUGACUUAUGUAUGGAAAAGUCCAAGGAAAUUAAACCUUUUAUAUUGCAAAUACUCCAAGAAGUGGAUGAAGAAAUUGAAAAAGGAUCGGUAGGAAUCACAUUAAAUAUUGCUGGUAACAGUCGCUCACUAUCAGGAGAAAGAGUAACAGGUGAAGAUUUCUGGAUUCUUUGCAGAGUUUUAAAGAAUAAUUCAUAUAUUAAUGGUUUGGAUGUUAGAUACAACCUCCUAAGUGAUGUUGGCGCGUACUAUGCUGCGAAACUGCUCCAGAAACAACAUAAUCUCAUUUACUUAAAUCUUAUGUUUAAUGACAUUGGGCCUGAAGGUGGAGAACUGAUUGCUAAAGCCCUACAUAAGAAUAGAACUCUGAAACACCUAAGAAUGACUGGAAACAAGAUUGAAAAUAAGGGUGGAAUGUUUUUUGCUGCAAUGCUACAAAUUAAUUCAUCCUUAGAGAAAUUAGAUCUGGGUGACUGUGAUCUGGGAAUGCAAAGUGUGAUAGCAUUUGCUACAGUCCUAACUCAAAACCAAACAAUUAAAGGAUUAAACCUAAACCGACCCAUACUGUAUGGUGAACAGGAAGAGUCUACAGUUCACCUAGGCCACAUGUUGAAAGAAAAUCAGUGCCUUGUUGAAUUACACAUGUGUAAACAUGAUAUAAAAAAUUGUGGUAUGAAACAGUUAUGUGAUGCACUGUAUCUGAACAGGAGCCUACAAUACCUUGAUGUAAGCUGCAAUAAAAUAACUCAGGAUGGAAUGAAGUGUUUGGCUGAUGUUCUGAAAAGCAAUACUACCCUGGAAGUAAUAGAUCUUUCUUUUAACAGAAUGGAAAAUGCAGGAGCAAACUAUCUCAGUGAUGCUCUUGCUUCACACAACAGGACUCUUAAAGCGUUGUCUGUGGUAAGCAACAACAUAGAGGGAAAAGGACUUGUUGCACUUUCACAAUCAAUGAAAACAAAUCCUACACUCUCUCAUAUCUACAUCUGGGGAAACAAAUUUGAUGAAGCUACAUGUGUGGCAUAUUCAGAUUUAAUUCACACAGGCCGUCUAAAAUCAGACAAUACAGAUGUGGAGCCGUUUGCGGUGGAUGGACAUGUGUACCUUGCAGAAGUCUCCAAUGGCCUUAAAAGGCAUUAUUACUGGACACCAGGUUAUGGGGAAGCUUGCAGCCCGUCAUCUAAUGCAGGUUUUUCUCUUGCACCAGUAGGUCAACAUCUAUGA